CCCUUUUAAAUUAACGCCCUCUAACGGCUAGCCCUCUCUUCUUUCAAUUUGAAUUCCCCAAACCCAAACUAUCAGAAAAAGAAUUUCCCGGCCAAAACCCUAAUCGCAAGUUUAUAUUUCUCUAAAUCCUCUUAGGAAAGAGAAUAAUCUUUUUUUCAAUGUCCUCCUCUUUCUUUUCUUUUGACCAGUAAGCGAGAAUUGAUUUAGAUUAGGGCUUUUUUUGAAGAUUAUCUUUUUAUUAUUGAAAUUCUAGGGUUUCUAGUUGGUUUCUUGAUUAAGACUGUGCCGAUGGAUCUUCCUCAAGAAAUCGAAGAUUAUAUAAAAGAAACAAUUAGUGACUCCUUAGGCCUUCCAAUCUCUACACAAAAUCUUCAAUUAAAGCUUCGCGCCUCUGAGGAUGCCCAUCGCCGAUUGCGCGACCAGUACCUUCUUCUUCUCGAGAAGUUGCGUCAAAAAGAUCAACUCAUUGACCGGGCCAAGGCGGAAGCGAGUAUGAACGCAAUGGCGGUGAAGAAGUUUGUGGAGGAGAAUCAAAGAUUGGCAGCGGAGUGUGCUAAUUUGGUUAAUCAGUGUAAUAAAUGGGAGAAAGAGUGUUCGCUUUAUGACCGUGAUAGAGAGGCUUUAAUGGAUUUUGGAAAUGAGGCUGAUGAGAGAGCGAAAGAGGCUGAGUUUAAGGUUGGCGAGUUGGAAGAAAUGUUGGGGAAGAUGUAUGAGGAGUUGAAGUUAUACAAGCACGAGUACGAGAGACGAGGGGAUACAUCAUCUUCUGAGAGCACAGAUAUGGAACAGGAUUUACUUGAGUCCAUUUUAUCUACAUUGGUCAGUGAAGAUGAAAUUAAAUAUGGCCAUGCAUUUUUGGAGGCUAGCAGUGCAAAUGAGUCAUGUCAAAAAUUGCUGAGAAUGUGGAAUAGCUUGAGACCAUCAACUUAUAGAGUUUUAACUUUGGUUGCUAAAGUGAGGGCACUUCAGAAAGAUAAGGAGCAUCUCAGGAUAAAUCUUACUAAAGCUGAAGAGGAGGUCAAGUUACUGUUUGAAGAAAACAAUGUAUUGGAUGCAGAGAACAAAAAAUUGUUGAAGCAGCACCAUCGAGAACGAAAUCUUGAUGGUUCUGGUGGAAAACAUACCACAAGUGCAUCUGCCAAGGGAAACAAACGAAAAUCAAGUCCGAAGAUGAGUAGCCCUAUCAAGAUGAAGUUUGAUUUGAAGGAUGUCGAUUCAAUGAGACAGCCACUAUCACCUUUGCGACAAAACUCCCCUGAAUGUAGGAUGCAUAAGAAGUGAUAACUGAUUCUCCUGUAUUUGUCUAAUUUUCUUCUUUUAACCGGGUGGGUAAUUCUUAAUAUGUUGGAUCGUGUCAUUGAUGGCAAAAUAGUUGUUCAUCAAGCUCAAUACAUGUCAGAACUCGAGAAAUCUUUAACUGAUAGAUUCUUAAACGGAUCCAGCUUCUUUCCCUCUUAUCGUGAUCUUGUGACCUACCAAUUCCAUGACAGACGGGGAAGAAAGCUUUUAGAAAUCUCAGCAAUCAUUAGCCAAUGAUUUUGAUCAAUUAAUGUGCUUCUAAAGUCUUGCAGGUGGCUA